CAUGAAGCUCGCCGUGUAUACAGGCACAAGCUUCCCACUCAUCUUCCACAUGAAUGCGUGAUCUGCUCCGCUCAACAUCGACACAUUGAUUGGCUCAUCGCAAGCCUAGAACCACGGUUCGCCUCAAGUAAUCGUCAAGUCCAUAGGACCUCUUCGGCGACCGCCCCCGUCCAAUCAGGGUUGAGCUCCAGCACUGGAAGGGACCCCAUUCACUCGCACGAGCUCCAAGAUGGCAGGAUUUUCUAGAGGAGGAGGCGGAGCGGGCUACGAUAGGACAGCAUAUGGUAGUUCUGGCAAUCCCACGCCAGGCGGUGGGAGAUCUGCGUACGGGGCUAGUGGAGGCGGAGGUGCAGGGUACGCAUCUGGCGGAGGAGGAGCAGGAUAUGGAGGGGCAGGAUACGGAUCUGGGGGUGGAGCUGGAGCGGGCUACAGUUCUGGAGGAGCAAGCGACGCUUACGGCGGACGUUCAGCUCGUAAACCUGCUCCUUCGGGGUAUCCUGACGAGAAGGCAUCCUACAACCCUUCGCAGCAUGCGGCUGGGGGCGGAGGCGGAGGCGCAUCAGGCCACCUGGUGGUCAAGUGUCCAGAACCGCUCAUCUUGUCCAACUGUCUGGCCGUGAAUGCGCAAGAAUGGGGAUCGACGCAGUACGUCAUCGUCGACGGUCGUUUCGUCUUUACAGCCGCUGCGGACAAGACUGGUCAGGUGCAGUCGGGCACGCUCGGCACAGCCCUGCUUCAACGGCAAUGGGCAGGUCUCAGCGCUCAGGGCCACGUAGUCAGAGCAGAACCUUACGAUCCAUAUUCCCAGGGACCAGCCGUUUAUCUCGCCAGUCUAGACGUCGAGGUUGGAUUUUUGCGCAAAGGCACCGAAAUUGCAGAGGUAUUUGAUGCAGAUGAGAUGCAGCGCAACUGGGUACGGGCCUUUGAGCACCACAUCUUCUCCAUCGGUCAACUGCUCGUCUUCGAGUUCCAUGGCCAGAACCUCAAAGCCACAGUCACUGGAGUGGAAGUGGUCGAGACGCAACCUAAGAGGCAAGGCGCAGGCGCUCCACCGCCACCUCCCUCGCAGCAUCGAUCCGACAAGGGAAUCCUCAUGCGUGAGACCUCCGUCAACUUUAUCAAGGCUGGGGAUUCUGGUGUCAAGAUCAAAGCUAGUGGCAAGCGAGCACCGCCCAACGCUAUCCUGCAGCCAAACUUCAAAUUUGAAGACAUGGGCAUCGGAGGGUUGGAUUCGGAAUUCAGCGCCAUUUUCCGCAGAGCUUUCGCAUCUCGCAUCUUCCCACCUGCACUGGUGGACAAACUCGGCAUACAACAUGUCAAGGGUAUCCUCCUCUACGGACCGCCAGGAACGGGAAAGACGCUGAUGGCUAGACAGAUUGGCAAGAUGCUCAAUGCCAACGAGCCAAAGAUUGUCAAUGGACCGGAGAUUCUGAACAAGUAUGUCGGUGCUAGUGAAGAGAACAUUAGAAAGCUCUUUGCUGAUGCUGAAAAGGAAUACAAAGCCAAAGGUGACGAAUCCGGUUUGCAUAUCAUCAUCUUCGAUGAGCUGGACGCUAUUUGCAAGCAGCGUGGCUCUUCUGGAGGGGGAACCGGAGUCGGUGACUCUGUCGUCAACCAGCUGCUUUCCAAGAUGGACGGUGUGGACCAACUCAACAACAUCUUGUUGAUCGGAAUGACCAAUCGCUUGGACAUGAUUGAUGACGCGCUGUUGCGUCCAGGUCGUCUGGAGGUGCACAUGGAGAUCAACCUUCCGGACGAGUACGGUCGUCGACAGAUCAUUUCGAUUCAAACGAGCAAAAUGCGAACGAAUGGGGUGAUGGAUGAUGACGUGGACCUAGCGGAGCUGGCCGCCUUGACCAAGAACUUUUCGGGCGCAGAGAUUGCCGGUCUAGUCAAGAGCGCCACCAGCUUUGCGUUCAAUAGACAUGUCAAGGUGGGAACGAUGGCGGGCAUAUCGGACGAUGUGGAGGGCAUGAGGGUCAACAGGGACGACUUUCUGCACGCUUUGGACGAAGUCACUCCUGCUUUCGGUGUGGCCGAAGAGGAAUUGCAACAAGUCGUUUCGAACGGCAUCAUGCAUUACGCACCUCAUAUUGACGUCAUCCUUCGCGACGGCCAGCUGCGUGUCGAACAAGUCCGUACUAGUUCCAGGACGCCAUUGGUCACUGCUCUUCUGCACGGUCCUCCUGGAUCUGGAAAGACCGCGUUGGCAGCAACCAUGGCCAUGGCCUCUUCCUUUCCCUUUAUCAAGCUUGUCUCACCCGAGAAUAUGGUUGGAAUGGCAGAAUCGCAAAAGAUUGCAUACCUCAACAAGGUCUUCAACGACUCGUACAAGUCUCCCCUCAGCAUCAUCGUGGUGGAUAGCAUCGAAAAGAUUGUCGAGUGGGUGCCCAUCGGACCUAGAUUCUCCAACCCGGUGCUGCAGGCUUUGAGCGUCCUGCUGGGUAAACGACCGCCGAAGGACCGACGUCUUUUGAUUCUUGCGACCACGUCAAACAGGCCCAUGCUGGUCGAUAUGGACCUUGCAGAAGCUUUCCUCGCCGACAUUCGUGUUCCUGCAAUUACGAGUUUGCGAAGCGUGGAUCACGUCGUCAGGGAGACUGGAUUGUUCAGGGAUCAAUCGGAGCAGGACAGACUCAUGGGUCUUUUGAGAUCCGCUGGUCUGGAGGAUUCAAACAGGCUCAAUAUUGGUAUCAAGAAGCUUCUGUCGGAAAUUGAAAUGGCGCGCCUGGACGAAGAUCCGGCAGACAAGCUCACCGCUGCUCUCAAUAGCCUAUAGACGGUACCGCACCUCGGCAGCGGGUGGCCUGCCCCCCACGCCUACUUCCCAACCUAGGCUGGCACCUCGUGCUUGCCCAAAUUUAAUGAUCAUCUACUUUCCUGCCAAACCGAAUCUUGCGCGACGCGCAUGGGCACUGCUACGCAAGUCACAAUACGUAGCUAGCUACGAAUUCUUUGGAGAGGGAAAAA